CCCCUUGCUUACCCGUCAUACCUCUUGUGCCGCCGCCGCCUAGCUCUCUUCAUAACCGUUUCGUUUCUUGUUUCUUUUUGGCUGCUGUUAAGAUGGCGGAUCGUCGGAGGCAGCGCGCCUCGCAGGACAGUAGUGAGGAGGAUGAAUCUGACUCUCCGCCCGGUAGUGCGGUCCCUUCCCCGCGCGGCACCCACUGCCUUGGCCUGGCCGUGGCGGGAGGUGGCAGUGGCGCUACUGUUGGUACCGAAAGCGCGGAGGCUCCGGAGACGGUGGAAGGUAGCCAGGCCGACUCGGAGUGUGAGAGUGAAGAUGGCAUAGAAGGAGAUGCUGUUCUUUCUGAUUAUGAAAGUGCUGACGACUCUGAGGCUGAGGAGGGGGAAUACAGUGAGGAGGAAACAUCCAAAGUUGACCUGAAGCGGGAUAGUAAUGAAACGAAUGAGAUGACAACAAAAGCAGACAAAGGGGAUGAAAAACCAGAAUCAAAAGGCACCGUGGCAGGCGAGAGGCAGAGUGGGGAUGGACAGGAAAGCACUGGACCAAUUGAGAACAAGGUUGGCAAAAAACUUCCUAAGCAUUUGGAUGAUGAUGAGGACCGGAAGAAUCCUGCAUACAUACCUCGCAAAGGUCUUUUCUUUGAGCAUGACCUUCGUGGGCAGACCCAGGAAGAGGAAGUCCGUCCUAAGGGCCGGCAGCGUAAACUGUGGAAAGAUGAGGGACGGUGGGAGCAUGACAAGUUCCGGGAAGAUGAGCAAGCACCAAAAUCAAGACAGGAGCUGAUUGCUCUUUAUGGGUAUGAUAUUCGCUCAGCACACAACCCAGAUGACAUCAAGCCCAGGAGGGUGCACAAACCAAGAUUUGGGAGUCCACCACAGAGAGAGCCAAACUGGGCCAAUGAAAGGCCUAGUAAGCCACCACGGCACCAGAGCCUAGACAGUACUCCUGUGCCGCCCAGGACAUUCAUUAACCGAAACUCGGCAGGGACAGGACGGAUGCCCCCACCAAGGACUUUCCCAAGAACCAGUGGCUACAAAGAGACCCGUCCAAGCUAUCGUGCUGUGGAUGUGAAUAGUCAGCAUGCGCCUCGCUUCAGUGAGCAGUCAAAGCACGAGAGCAAUUACCGGGCCAGGCGUAUGGAGCCAGUUCCAACGCGAGAGCCUUCUCCUGAGGCAGAGAGUCCACAUGUUCGCAGCAGCCCUGUUAAAAAGGAAGAGAUUGUUUCAGAAAGCCAAGUGACUCCUGUGGAUGUUCUGCAGCCACCCCCGGAUCGCCCGGUAGAGAAGAAGUCCUACUCCCGGGCAAGGAGGAGUCGGACCAAAGCAGGCGAGACAGGAAAAUUGACUGAUGAAGUUCCACUUCCAUCAGGAUUGGCACCUGCACCACUGAAAGCUACAGAUGUUAUACCAUCCUCCUCCCCAGCAAAGACUGGUAACUGGGAGGUCCCUGUUGAAACUAGUCUAGAUGGUCUCGAGCAAGACAUGACCCAGUUAAAUAUAACAGAACAGAACUGGAAUCAAGGGCAGCCUCAGUUCAUUCAACCUCAGGGUAUUCCUAACCAGAUGCACAUUGGAGCAGCCCCACCCCCCCAGUUCAACAGGAUGGAGGACAUGGGUGUUCAGGCGGGCCGUGCAAAGCGUUACUCAACACAACGUCAGAGGCCUGUCCCGGAGCCUGCUCCACCAGUGCAUAUAAGCAUAAUGGAAGGGCACUACUAUGACACACUACAGUUCCAGGCGCCAAUCUACACCCACAGUGAGAAUCCUGCUCCACUGCCUCCCCAAGGGGUGAUUGUUCAGCCAGAAAUGCACCUCCCCCAUCCAGGGUUACAUCCACACCAGACACCAGCACCUUUGGCAAACCCUGGUUUAUAUCCUCCUCCAGUCUCCAUGUCCCCUGCACAGCAGCCACCACCUCCUCCACCACAACAGCUGCUAGCACCAACCUACUUCUCACCUCCUCCUGGAGUGAUGAAUUUUGGCAGUCCUAGUUAUCCAUACCCUCCAGGGGCACUUCCGCCACCCCCACCUCCCCAUCUCUAUUCCAACACUCAAGCUCAGGCACAAGUAUAUGGAGGGGUCACCUAUUACAACACAGUCCAGCAGCAAGUGCAGCCCAAGCCUUCACCACCCCGAAGAACUUCCCAGCCUGUCACCAUCAAGCCACCCCCCCCUGAGAUUCUCGUUGCAGGUUGUAAACAGGGCUCCAGUUAACAUUUCUAAACGCUUUUGAAGGACAGCAGGAAUGAAAAAUCCAAAGAGAGGAGCAACACUUAAGGACUCUGCAUUUUGGUGGUUUCAGUAGAGUACCAGAGCUGGCACCUGUAGCAGGCAGAAGGCAGCUCCUCUGUGUGGAGCUUCUCCUCUCUUUUCCCUUGGUAAUGGGUGAUGCUCAUGAAUGUGGCCCCUUCUGCUAUGCCAUACUAUGUCAGUGUCAUGACUGGGGCCAGGUUGCCCAUCAGGAGGGCAUCAGCGAAACCACAUAACUUUGCAGUCUCUCUCUCUCAUCUUGGGACAAAGAGACUGUACAGACAUUGUUGGAUGUAAGAUUUGACUGCUCACUGAGAAACAGUUCUCCUCAUUCUAUUCCCUUCUACGUCUGACUGUUUAGGUGUCAGAACUAAAACUGCCCAACUUUUUCUUAUGUUAACUUUCCCACUUGAAGAACCUGACAUUGGCUUCUUUCUAUUCUGUUUAACAGGUUAACUUUGCCUUAGUUGCGUGAAUGUGUUCUCUUUGGCUGACUUUGUUCAAUAAUAUGAUUUUAAAAAUAAGUCAUACUAGUUGUGCAAACUCUUGUUAGUUUCUUGAAUUGAAAUUAUAGAUGAAUCUGGGAAAGGGUCAUCUUGUCUGAAAGCAGUUGUCGUCUUUUCUGUUGCCACUUCUUUCUUUUUAGGUAAAAGACCUUAAUUGAGAAUGAGCCCCUGUGGCAGUUGUCUGCUGAUCUUUUAAAUGUGAGCUGUCCCCAUCCACCACCUGGAAAAACAAAACACCUUAAGUAUGUUAGGGUAACCAGCAGGCCCAUCUGUGUGAUUAAUAGCCUGCAAACAUCAUGAUUUGGACAACCCCUAUUUCUAAAGAAGGUAGAUAUUCUUCUGCCUUUUGAAACAACACUGAUCCUUCAGAGCUCUUGAAGUGAUGCACCACAGGCUUUCAACCUGUUUGCCUGCACUUUGCGGCUUAGAUUUUGCUUGCCAGACUGCAUGGCUUCCACUGAACCCCUGCAUUUUGUAUGUAUUUUUAAUUCAUCUGCAAAACUGCACUAGGAAGGCAAAGCUCAAGGGGCCUGCCUAUAGCCACGUGAUGGAGCAGAGGUAAGUCCUACUCAGAGCAGACCCAUUGAAAUUAAUGAACCUAAGUUAAUCAUGUGUAUUAACUUCAGUGGGUCUACUCUGAAUAGAACUAGCAUUGAAUACCACCCAAAGUGUUUAGCGCGACACUGACCCUGGCACAAGGUUUCCUGGAGCCAUCCCAAGCCUGUCUGCAUUCUUCAUGCAUGUGUAGGUUUCUACUUGAAAUAUUGGCCUGUCUCUCCUUUUAAUUUCCUUUUAAUUUGAUAACCCUUCUAAUUUAAUUUUUAAAAGUACAGCUGGCAUUUGAAGGAAAAUCCCUGUAUGUUCUAAAUGUAUUUGUUUUUCCUCUGCCUUAAAGUUUGAAAUGUAUCCAUUUAACAUAUCGAAAUUUUAGACCUAAUGACACUGUGAUAGCUAUUUUUUGUUAAUAAAUAUUUUUUGUUCCUGUU